AUGGCUGAGCAGACACUUCAAGUUGAGGGCGCCGAGCCACCUCCACCAGGACGGAUCGCCGACCUUGAUCAUCCGGAAGAUGCCCUCCAUAGCAUCAUCUUGGCGAUAGCUAUACUGACACUUAUCCUGCCGUUGCCCUUUUUCCUUCUGCGCGUGUACGCGCCCUGGAAGCUCUCGUCCCCUCUCAAGGUCGACGACUGGUUCUGCGCGGCUGCUUUCCUUUCCGGCAUCUCAUACUUGUCCAGCGCCAUCGUUUUCGCCCAGCACGGGGGUGGACAUCACAUCUGGGAGGUGACGGAUUCGCAACUGCAGGCCGUCCUGGAGACGACCUACUGGAACUCUAUCGUCUACAGUCCCGCCGCGCUUUUCACCAAGAUCACCUUGCUCCUCAUCACGAUCCGACCCUUCCGCGGCAACAGGCCCUUCGUGUAUGCUGGCUACUGCCUGAUCACUGUCAUGGUGGGCUACUACGUGCCUGUGACGAUCCUCAAGAUUAUGACCUGCAGGCCUAUUCGAGGAUACUGGGACUACGAAGUAGACUCGAAUUGCUACGACUACCGCUUGGUGUUUCUGUCUGACGCUAUCGGGGCGGUCAUCACGGAUGUUCUGGUGCUGCUUAUGGCGGUGCCGUUGGUUUGGAUGUUGUGGCGGCCCAGAGUUAAGAUGUGGUUGAUCUUGGGAGCCGGAAGUGUGGCAACAGCGAUGUCCCUCGUCCGCAUGGGAUUUGUCAUUUCCUUGAAAGAGACAAAUGACCCGACGGUAGACUUCGGUAGACUGAGUCUGUUCGGCAUGAGGUUCAGAGCUUCCAGGUUCCUGGAAACAAGUGGCCUCCGACCUCAAAGGCUGGGUUCGCCGGGAGAGGGCGCACCAAUAGCAUCACAUGCUGUUCCUGGAAUGGUUGUCGUGUUUUCCACCGCCCUUAUUCUCCGAAGUGCGGGAGAUCCCAGCCAUACCAGAGGUCACCACACCGGCUUCACCAGCUUCAUCAAUGCAACACUCGCCGGGGAUGCUCAGAGGAGAACCUCGAUGGAAUCGUGGGCCUCCGUCGCCUACACGGGGUUCAAGUCCGCCCAUAUCGCCUCUUGA